GACCCUCUGCACCCGACGAGCCCCCCAUUUACCGCCACCCAUUUCCGGUCGGAAAUCCGGCAAAGCUUGGGGAUUCUCCCUAUUUUCUUGUUCUAGAACACCUAUUAAACCCACAAAAUCCCGGAUCUGCUCUGCUUUUCUCCCCUGUCCGCCGGCUGCUAUGUGGGUUUGAAUUUUUGGGCAUUUUUCGGGUAAGCCACAGCCAUAAACUUCAUCUUUUCAGCUUGAUUAAGGCUGGGUUUACCUUAAUUGCUCUUAUCUCCUUCAAUUUAGAGGUAGCCGUGAGCUUCCCCUGCAAUUCCCGCCGGUUUCUCCCCCAGCCAAGCUCGGUUUUUGCAGCUGGAAAAUUGUGGGUUUUGAUCGUUCUGUCACCGUAGCACUUGGGUUAGCCUUCUGUUCUGUGUGAGUAAGGAAGCGAAACCGAGAACGGGGAAACCUAGGAGAGUGACGAGUUAGAGGGCUAGUCAUCUUGUAAAGUGAACAUAGAUUGUAAAUAUAGAUCAUGAUCUUCAUUGUGUUCACAUGCAUGGGGGUUGGCUUUACUAAAUAACGGGUGGAUAUCAAUCGAGGACAGCUAUUUUCAAAACAUGGUUGCGGAAAUUAGGAUAAGGAUGGCUGAAUUGUUCUUUCUUUUUCUUCUUCCUUAUCCGCGUGAUCUGCUCUUCUUCUUCUUCCCGAAAGCCCCAAGCCCCCCGACAGCCUCCUCUUGAAAAACCCGUGAGAAGCUUGUGUUUUUCCCCUUGUUUUCUUGUCCGAAAACCAGAUUUGAGCUUAGAAACCUUCUCCCCUGCUGGAAAAGCCGGAUCUGCCCUGCUCUGCUUUGUCCUUCCGCCAGCUGCUCUUGAUUGUGGGUGAUUUUUGGGCCUUUUUUUCGGUAAGAACAGCCCCUAAUUCCUUUGUUUUUGCUUGAAUUGGCUUGGGUUAACUUUGAUUGCUCUUAUUUCCUUCAAUUUUGGGUAAACCCGUGAGCUUUCCCUGCAGCUUGCCGCCGGCCUCUUCCCCCCUGUAGCUCUGGUUUCUACAGCUAGAGAAUUAUGGUAUGUGACAGCCUUUUAAGGCUGAAAUUGUCCAUUUAGUUUGCUGGCUGUGUAUGUCCGAAUUUUGCUAGAAAAAUGGGGAAGAAUUUGAUAGCUUUAGGACCAUGAUUUAGCUUAAUUGAAGUGGGAUUUAUGUGAUUGAGUGUUAAUUGCUUGUUGUGAUUUUUGGAGAGAAAACCCCGUGAGAUUAUCUAGUGUUUUGGCCAAUUUUGGAAGUGCAGUUACUGUUCACGUCGGGGUCACUGUUCACCGGUUACUGUUCACACCCCGAGGGCCAACAUUUAACGAGAAUUUAAAUGAUUAGUUUGUGAUAUAAGAACGAAUUUGGAGAUGUCCGAUCAUGUGGAAAGUGAUAGAAAUAGCAUUGUGAUUAGGAAUGAUCCUAAUGAUGAUUUCAAUGUGAAUUUGUGAUAGUCCGGUAUUAAUUCUCGAAUAUUUUGAUUAGGUUCUUGAUCGUUCUGUCAGUUAGUACGUGAAUUGAGUGCUCGGUUUUAUGCAAGUAAGGUAAGUAAAAUUAUGGUAACGCCCUUUGACUUUUCAAGCAUGUUUUGAUUUGUUUUUGAAGUGGUGGCGGGACUAAACCCGUUUUACACGA